CGUAUUUUCAUUGCAAAGAUGCCCAGGAAAAAGAAAGUUUUUAUCAGCAGUCGUCGGAAGGGCUACUCAAAGAGGGGUCCAAGACAACAAGGUGUCAGUUCUUCCUCUCUCUCUGACCAUUCUUCUUCAUCAGUACAAUCAACUGUUCUUGGCGAUUGCAGUUCAAGAGAUGCACUAUGGGAAAAGGCAUGGAAGUCAUUCUUCAUAGACCUCACCGAUGAACCCACAGAUACCCCAUGCCUGGAAGAAGCGACAGAUUCUGAUGGUUGUUCGGCUGAUGAAUUCUUUGUUAUUUUGGACACAAUUCACCAGUAUCAUCCGGACAACAAUGUAGAUGAAUUUGUUGAUGGCAUCCUGCGAUACCACAAGUACCAGCAAUUUUUAACAUUGAAAAAGGAGCUGUUUCAGCAUGUAGAUGAUCUAGGCAAUUUUACAAUUGCAAGAAACAAGCGUGAAAACAUUACCAUUGUGCAGUUUUAUGACAAUGACGUAGGCUCAGUCCAGCUUUCAGUAGUCAUCAAGCCAUCCUUUACAGCAGCAAUAUAUGCACAUCGACGUGACAUUGGCCCAAAUCAUGAAUUCUGGAUUGGUUUACCUGCAUUUUUCUCCACUCUAAGAGAUGUGAAGAAACUUUUAUCAAAACUCUCUACAUACCAUGUUUGCGUCGGCAAUUAUGAAGACAGAUUUGCAGACUUGAUUCCAGUUGGUGCAGGCAUAAGUGAAGGAGCUAUUUCAACAAUAUCUGCCUAAUAAUUUAACAUGUAAUAAAGUACAUGAGUAGAAAUUAUGGAAAUUAAAUCCAAUGUACAGUUCACUUCACGGAUAUCUAAAAUAUCUGUUAAUGAAGUUAUGUUAAGAUUGUGUACAGAUUUGUAUGAUUUUAUGUUUUACAUUCACAAUCAGUCCUAAAUGGACAACAUAAC